AAAAGUGUUUAAAUUAAUUUUCUAACCAUCCAGUAGGUAAUGUAGUUUGAAACAAAAUUAAUUUACAUUUCGAACUACUUGUGCUUAUUAACAUCUUCCGCAAAAUGAUAGCAGCCGUUACUGGGCAAAUCCUACCUCACCAAAGUUCGGAAAGUUGGUUAAAGUCUGGUGUACACGAUAAUUUUCAUUAGUAAAAAGAAAUAUGAAUUCUUUGGAUUCUCUUGUGACUGAAGCUUCAACAGUAGAUUUAAAUUUGCCCUCAACAUCAACUGUAUCUAAUACCAAUCCAACAGUAUGUCGUUUCUACCUAAGAGGGUUAUGCCGCUAUGGGUCAAUGUGUCGAUUCGCUCAUGAUUUGCCUGAAGGACAAGCAUUUAGUAAUAUCAGCAAUGAGGUUCAUGAGAAACAAAAGCCUAAUACAAGUAUUAACAAAAAAGAUUGGGCAAAUGCACCAGAAUUUGUGCCUCAUGGUAUGCAGACCUUUACUAUGCCUGAUAUAGAAUUUGCUGAUGUUGCACAAAGUACAAGUAACAGAUCAUGGGCAGCUGUUGUAAGUGGUGACACUGCACGUCCAAUGGACAGUGUGGAAUCUUCGGCCGAAGAAGUUUGUCCUUACGAGCAACCUUGCCCUUACGGUGUUUAUUGUCCUUAUGGGAUUCAUAUGGAGUUAUGUGAAAUGUGUGAUCAGUUCUGCUUACAUCCAACUGAUCAAGCACAACGUCGACAACAUAAUCAGGAAUGCAUAAAACAUCACGAACAAGCCAUGGAAUUAUCAUUUGCAAUUGCCCGUUCUAAGGACAAAACAUGCGGAAUUUGUUUUGAUACGAUACUUGAAAAGACAGGUCGAGAAAAGCGAUUUGGUAUUUUGCCUAAUUGCAGCCAUAUAUUUUGUCUUGAAUGUAUACGAAAAUGGCGUCAAGCUAAACAAUUUGAACAUAAAAUAACCAGAUCAUGUCCGGAAUGUCGUGUAGCUUCAGAUUUCGUAUGUCCAAGUGCCUUUUGGGUUGAAACUAAGGAGGAGAAAGAUAAACUAUUAAAUGAUUAUCGUAAUGCCCUUGGCAUAAAAGAUUGCAAAUAUUUCAAAAAGGGAGAAGGAAAGUGUCCAUUUGGUAACAAAUGUUUCUACAAACACGCUUUACCUAACGGUGUUUUGGUUGACGUUGGUUGUCCUAAACGAGCAAGAAAAUUACACAGGAGCCCCACCGAAAUAAUUGAUUUAUUAGAUGAUAUUCACCUGUGGGAAUUCGUUGUCCAACGUGAUCUACAUUGGCUCGAAUUGUUUUCAAGCACCGAUGAUAGUGAAUCUGACUGGUCCGAGCAAUAAGUCAGUAAAAAUAUUUUCCAUUUUAAAAUCCUUUAGGGCCUUUCCUUUGAAACAUCAGAAAAAAAACGUUUUGAACUAACUCAAAUUAUAGUGCGCUAAUCAUUACAAAAUAUCUUUUAUUACAAAAUAAAACUCAAAGAUAAAAAUUGCUUAAUGGUUUGAAACGCACCUAAAUUAUAUAUAUAUAUAUAUUAAUACAACGAAAUUUAAAGCUAUAUUAAUAUUUUUAGCCAAAUUACAAGGCAAUUAAGCUAUAAAAAUUUAUACAUCUUUCUAAUGUU